AUGAGCCAUCAACCGAAUGAAGAACAAGAAAGCACUUUUCUGUGGACCCCACUGGUGAUUCCUUUGGGCGCCAUUGUCCUUCACUUCCAAGGCUGGAGUCAGUUUCUGGCCAGUGUAUCCAAAAUGCUGCAACAAUCCUCUUUGGAGGAAUUCUCCUCGGCCCUUUCCUUUUGGUUCUUGGGAGCGCUUAGUCAUCCCUUGAUGGAAGCCGCCUUUGACAUUUCCGAACUCCUUCAUGCAUCGCCUGGACCACGCGUUUUAGGCUUGGUGCCGUGGUCCUUUUUGUUGGGCGCGCUUGUCGUGGGAAUCGCACUGGUGCAAAGUGACAAACUACGAACCGUCGUAGGUUCGACGUGUGUGGCCUGGGUGCUGGCGUACAUGGGAGCGGGAUUGGAUGGCACUACUACUGGAGACUACAACAUCCAACUCGAUGAUUCCUAUCAAGGACGUGUCGUUCAGGGAUGUCCGUCGCCAGAGUUGGUACAGGCAUUACGCACGUCACAACAGUUUGACUACCAAAAAUAUCAAGGACGAUGGUAUUGGCACAAGGUACAUGAUUGGACCCAGUUUCAUCAAAUGUACGAUACCACACUCGACAUUCAACUGACCACAGAUGAUACAACUAGUAUGGUUACCGGAUACAUCAAUACACUCACCAUCAAAGGACCAUCUCCCGAGAAUAGUCCCUUGGCAUGGGACAAAUCACCCCUCUUGCAGGGUGUUCGGUACAGUUGGAAGGGAGAGAUUGAUACUACUUCUGACAACAAGAAUGGAGUCUCGCAAGAAUCGGGAUUUGGAGUCACCUUUCCCAACUACAUUAUUGACGUCGAUAAGGAUUAUCAAGAAUUGGUACAAUUUCAAUGCAUCGAGGUAGGAGGAGUACGACUCUACGAAGGCAUUGACUUUAUGAGUCGAUCCCCCACCAUGACGGAUGCACAAUUGGACAAAAUGCAUCAACGAGCAAGAUCCAUUGAUCCGUAUGGGGCAUCUCCCGACCAGAUGCAGCGGAUUCCACAACUGCAACAACAACAACAAGCAGAAGUAGACAAUGCCUGGCAAGACCUGUGGAAAUGGUUACAGGUCGACCGGUACCUCGAUCAGUCGCUCUAA